ACCGGAGAGGAAGAACAACGUGGAGAUAGUUGAGAGGGAAAAAUGGGAAAUCAGAAGCAGAAAUGGACGGCGGAGGAGGAGGAGGCGCUGUUGGCCGGAGUGGCGAAGCACGGCCCGGGGAAGUGGAAGAACAUUUUGAAAGAUCCCGAAUUUGCCCCUUUUCUCACUCACCGUUCCAAUAUUGACCUCAAGGACAAAUGGCGGAAUUUGAGUGUUAGUACUACUCAGCAAGGCUCAAAAGACAAAUCAAGAGCUCUUAAGCUAAAAACUAUCACUCCUGCUCCACUCUCAAACACUUUAAAUUCUGCUCCUGCUGCUUCACUUCCUCGUAAUGCAUCUUCUGGAACUGUCAUUGAUGAUCUUCCCAAUAGUGCCUCGGAUGGGAAGAAUGGUCCACGGUUCAAUGGAAUGAUAUUUGAAGCUCUUUCAACCAUAAAAGAUACAAAUGGAUCUGACAUUGGCACUAUUGUCAACUUUAUUGAGGAAAGGCAUAAGGUGCCAAAUAAUUUUAGAAGACUAUUGGGCUCAAGAUUGAGAAGACUUGUUUCACAAGGCAAACUUGAAAAGGUUCAAAAUUGCUACAAGAUCAGAAAAGAUACCCCAUUGGGAAUGAAAACACCUACUCCAAAGCAAAAAGAUGUGAGGCUACGGCCGCCUCAGAAUUCUGCAUCAAUCACCUCAGGUGAGACUGUUGAGGAAGCGUCAAUUACUGCAGCAUAUAGAAUUGCUGAAGCAGAAAACAAAUCGUUUUUGGCUGCUGAAGCGGUUAAGGAGGCUGAAAGAGUCUCAAAGAUGGCAGAAGAUACUGAUGCAAUGUUACAGCUAGUGAAAGAGAUCUAUGAACAAUGUUCGCACGGUGAGAUUGUUGUCUUGGCUUGACAGUCAAUUGUAAGUGAUAAGAGAAGUAGAGAUUUAGUGUGUUAUCAGGUUUUGUAUGUAAAUUCAUUGAUCCAGUGGAACGCUCGUCGUUUUGUAACUCGAGACGCAUCAAGAUCCUGUCCAUGUGAGAUCAGUGACACCUGAGAUUGAUGUACAAAUUUUGGUUUUAUCUAUAAAGAAUACUGAAUUCAGUGCUUGAAAAAAGGUGCAUUUAAGUGUCAUGGUACCAACAAUUUUACCUUAAUAUUUUUCCCAAUGCAGCUUCA